CUAGAGGUCGGAAGUCGGGGCCCUAGAGUGGCCAUGGGGACGGGCGGGCGCAGGGGGUCGCUGUCCGGGAAGGGCACCGAUGGCGCGGCGACGGCUGCCUCCCCUUGCCUGUACCGUUGUAUCGAGUGCAACCGGGAGGCCCGGGAGCUGUACCGGGACUACAGCCACGGCGUACUCAAGAUAACCAUCUGCAAAUCUUGCCAGAAACCGGUAGACAAAUACAUUGAGUAUGAUCCUGUUAUCAUCUUGAUUAAUGCCAUUUUAUGCAAAGCUCAGGCCUAUAGGCAUAUUCUUUUCAACACUAAAAUAAAUAUCCAUGGGAAACUCUGCAUGUUUUGUUUGCUUUGUGAAGCAUACCUGAGGUGGUGGCAGCUGCAGGACUCGAGCCAGAGCACAGCCCCUGAUGACCUGAUCCGGUAUGCCAAGGAGUGGGACUUCUACAGGAUGUUUGUGAUUGCCUCUUUCGAACAAGCUGCCUUUUUUGCUGGCAUUUUUGCUUUUCUGUGGGUAGAGCAACCCAUGACAGCAAAAAAAAAGCCCAACUUCAUUUUACUACUGAAAGCGCUGCUGUUGUCCAGCUAUGGGAAGCUCCUGCUGAUCCCAGCCGUCAUCUGGGAGCAUGACUACACACCUUUGUGCCUCAGGCUCAUUAAAGUGUUUGUCCUGACAUCGAAUUUCCAGGCAAUCAGAGUUACUCUGAACACCAGCCGCAGGCUCUCCCUGCUGGCCAUACUGAGCGGCUUGUUGCUGGAGAGCAUCAUGGUCUACUUCUUCCAGAGGAUGGAGUGGGACGUGGGCAGCGACUGUGCAGUCUACAAGACUCAGGACUUCUGAAGAAUGCCACAUUCACUCCUGAGGGAGGACACCUCUCCACACUCCAUCCUGGGCUUCCACCCCAUUGCCACCUCACAGCAGCUGCCUUCCAGAUUCUACCCUAGGCCACCCUGGGCUGGUUUUCCUCAGUGUUGCUGUGCAUCUGGUAGUCUGCUGUCAUUUAUGUAAGGCAGGAAACUCGGCUCAUGAGUCUUUAGAGCCCACUACAGAGCCAGAGGCCUGCUUUGUUAUCCAUUAGUUUGUUCUGUCUGUCUCCUUGAAAUUGCACCCGGAGAGACCCUGCCUCAGGCUCCGCUGGGUCCUCCGUGGCUCCCAGCCAGCCUUGGAAGUAAGUCUGUGGUGAUCAGAACAGCCCUUCAGCGUCGUCUUCUGUUGUCCACAGCUUUAUUCUUCACUCUGUGGCAGGACCAGCUACCUCAAAAGAGAAGGCGCAAGAGAAACCAAGGCCCUCACUUUCUGUGAGUGGAGUGAAGGACUGGGGGUUCCCGAACACACCCAGACACCCCCAGGAAGAGCUGAACCACCUCGACACAAGGCUGAGAGCACUGAGCGACACACGGGCAGGCACCAUGGUCCCCAGUAAUGAAAGGGCUCAGCGCCAUUCCUUUGGCAUGUUUAUGUCCUUUAAAUCUAAAUCAUACUUCGUGUUUUGCUGACAGAAGCACUUUUCUCUUAAGUAGUCUUUCAGAAUAAAUCAAGUUUUUUUUUAUACAUA